GACAAGCUUUGAUAUCCACAAUACUGUAUACCCAGUAUGAGCAAUCGGGCGAGCUUUUGCAGAAUAUAUGAGUAUUGGCUUCAAGAAUGAUGUUCUAUGCAAAGCCCAGAUCAAGUACGCGAACAUUACUUCGACGUAUGCUGAUGCUGUAUUUAAUGGCCAAAAUCGAGCAAUGCAGCUAGGUGAGCAUAGCCGCAACCAGUCUUGUGAAUGCGUCACGGCCCGUUAUUGA